CAUGCAUGCACACUUCCCACUCAGUCUCUAGCUAACUAACUCUGCCUCGUGACAUGAGUUCACGCGCCGCGCUAGCGCUAGCGAUGUCCAUUUUUUUCGGCAUGUGUAAUUCACUGCACAUCGCAAAAUCAAUCUGGAUCCGGCCGGCUGUUAUUUCGAUAACAAUAAUAAUAAUUAUUAUUGUGCAGCCCCGACCUUUGACUGUACGGACGCCGUUCACAGGUGCAGGGCGCAAACUAACGCCGCGAUCGGAUUUAUUUGAGCAGCAUCACGGAUCGCGGAGUCGUCAAGUACAUAACCAGUGUACUACAGGUGUGUAGCUACAGUAUUCCUUCCCCAAACUGUUCUCAACGAAGACUAGCCCGGUCGCAAUGAUGGAGAAAGUUUUGGUGACUGGUGCAAGUGGCUAUAUCGCCUCUCACAUUGUCCACCAGUUGCUCAGCGCUCGCAACGAAGAUGGCUCUCCGCGGUACGAGGUGCGGGGCACCGUCCGCAUCUCGUCACUGGAGAAGAAGACGCCGCUCCUGAUGGAGAUGGCUGGCAAAAUUGACGAUGGUGCGGCGGCGCGCCUGGAAGUGGUCGGUGCUGAUCUGCACUCGGACGAAGGCUGGCAGAGUGCAGUGGACGGAUGCACAUACGUACAGCACACAGCCUCGCCUCUUCCGACGUCCGUUCCCCAGGACCCCGAAGAACUGUCUCGACCGGCAGUAGGUGGCGUUGAGAGAGUACUCAAGGCCUGUCAGCAAGCCAAGACGGUCAAGAGAGUUGUUAUGACCAGUUCAGCAGCAGCUAUUGCAGGGUCCGGAAACCCUUCAAUGGGCGAUAAACCUGCCGAUCAUGUGUUCAGCGAAGAAGACUGGGCGACACCAGAACUGUGCCCACCGUAUGAGCGCAGCAAGACCUUGGCUGAGCGUCGAGCCUGGGAGAUGUGGAGGGACACUCCAGAGGAGGGCCGUUUUGAGCUGGUUGUCAUAAACCCAGUCAUGGUAAUGGGACCGCUGGUUAUGAGCAACGCCGGUGCUUCAUUGAUGCCCGUAACCAAGACGAUGUCGGGGGAAUUCCCCAUGUACCCAAACGUGUACUACCCAAUGGUGGACGUACGUGAUGUGGGCCGCAUUCACCUUGCUGCCAUGACCAAGCCGGGGAUAUCAGGCAAUCGCUACCUUGCCUGUGCAGAGGAGUUGCCAGAGCAUGGCUUUCCGGAAAUAGCCCAAAUCCUCUAUGAUCACUUUUCCCCUCGAGGAUUCAAUUUCUCCACGCGGGUAAUGCCCAACUGGCUCGUGUUUCCACUCAAGUUUAUCAUCACGGAGCUGAAAUUUGUUGCACAACACGUCGGCGUUAAAACGAGGCAAAACAUUUCCAAGGCUGUCAAAGAAUUUGAUCUGACCUACAUCCACCCUCUCCAGUCCAUCCUGGACGCAGGCGAGUCGUGUAUCGAGUUUGGCGCUGUGACACUGCCGGCCAACUAUCAGCCACCAACCACUGCUGCUGGUGCUGCGGACAGUGCUGCUGCUGGUGCUGCAUCACCGAGCACCGCAUCGGACGGGGGCAGCACGACCGCCACUGCAGAGGUACAGGCUGCGAUGGCAGCCACGGAGACAACACCAGCGUCCGACGUCGACGCCGAAGCUCCAUCCACCGACGCCGACUCAGCGCCCGCCGAGCCGAGCGAUGACACGCCAGCAACAUCGCAGAAUGACGAAUAGGGAUGACCCGGCGGUGAGCUGUGUUGCGGGCACCACCGACCUGUGUGGGAAGUAUGUGCCGCCACGCAAGUGCAUACCCGCCAAGUACUGAACGUGCCUCUUCUAGAUCGUAAGAGCAAAAUGCAUAGAUUUGCCUCGGUUUUUGGGUGAGAUGUCAUCUCGUACUUAGCAGGUACGUAUGUACAUAUGUGCAAGUGAGGCAAUAGAUGUACCAGGUUUCUUCAUAUCCUCUGCUUUACAUUCUGAAUAACCAACCAGGGUCUCCGAGAAUCUCAUCAAUUUAUUUCCGUCCACCACUCUCAUUACAAGCUGGACUAUACGAUUCCGGUGAUAACAGUACUGUGCCCUCUCUCUGUUUUGACGGCCGACGUCAUGGGUUUGUGAACCGGCCUCUUUUGGCUGUUUUCCGCCGGCAAUGGUACUCCGUGAGUACGCCGCGGCAACUGUUGACGGAUUUCCUUGUUGUUUUCAGUCAUACGAGCAUGUGCUGUACGGACUUUUUUGGUGCAGUUCUCAGGUGUAAAUGCAGUCGAUGCAAUAUCUUUUCUCCGACCAACUUUCUGUUUUGCAAAAUUUGUUAACUAACUUCAUCUAUCGUUCAGUUAUCAACAAUUAAUUAUUUAUACCUACAUGUACAUGUACAUGUAGUGUCACUCAACAAUCAUGCUAGUGCAUGGGGACGUACCCCCUUUCUUACGUUACUUCAUAACUUAGAACCUUCCAAGUUGGAAGGCUGUUGGUUUGCGCAUUCCAGACGUGAUGCAGCUAAGCAUCAGGUCGUUGAAUGUCGGUAUCA